UGCCGGCCAGCCAGCCAGCCAGCUAGGGUUUACUCCUCCUUUCUUCUUCUACCUUAUCUGCAUCUGUAUCUACUGUAUGUAUCUAUCUAUGUAUUUUCUCCCCACUCGCCAUCUUAAUUUGGGGGCCAUCCUUGUAAAACCACCGACGGAUUCAUUCAUUCAUUCAUUCCUCUUUAUUUCCCUUUCACCAAUCUGCAUACAUACACUCGGCAACCUCUCUUUACUUGACUUUGACUCCAAUCCAAUCUUGGGGGCAGACUGACUCUGUUGCUUUGAUUGCUUGCUUGCUUGCACACACAUCAAUCCACCCACUCAUCUUUUCACUUGAUACCUGUGCUGCUCUUUUUCUAUCUAUCUAUCUAUGUAUCUAUGUAUGUAUGCAGCCUACCAAGGAAAUGGAAACAAACAGUGAAACAUUACCUAAUCUAUUCUAGUGUAUAAAUUACAGACAGACUUGUAUGCUUUCAGGUCACGCUCAAGUUUCCCCUCCUGUCCGCCGACUCUUCGACGCACUGCUCGCAAACAGAAACGAACCGUCAAUGAUAUGAACCGCAACAACAAUUGACAGAGCGCCAUGGACCCCACAAGGGACGCAGCUGCUGGCUCUGCGCCCCAGAGAGCCAUGCAUGCGCCAUUGGUUUCGUCGUCCACCGCUCCUCCCCGUGUUCCAGAGUACCUUGUGCCGGGCGCUGUCAAGCCUGUUCUCAACUACUCUAUCCAGACCGGGGAGGAGUUUGCCCUCGAGUUCAUGAGGGACCGCGCCAUGUCCCAGAAGAUCCUGGCCACUGGUACGUCCGGAGACCAGAACGCCGCGACAAGCGGUUACAUGGACUUGAGAGGGAUGCUUGGUGCCAGCCACACGGCAUCAGAAACUGGUCCUGAUAUAUUCAUGCUCCAACCUAUUGUUGAUCCGCGGCACAAGGAGCCCGAGAGAAAACCUGUUGCUCAGGUUCAGAAUAGGAGCAGGCACUCGUCGACCAGGUCGGUGCCGCGAGCUCUGUCAGGUGGUGAUGGCAGCAGUCGGGGACUGUCUCAUGGCUAUGCUUCCUCUGAUGCUUCGGAUGCCUCAAAGAGAAUCAAGUUCCUGUGCAGCUUUGGGGGCAAAAUCUUGCCCCGGCCCAGUGACGGGAAGCUUAGGUAUGUUGGUGGUGAGACGCGCAUAAUUCGAAUCAGCAAGGACAUUUCCUGGCAGGAGCUCAGACAAAAGACGUCUGCCAUCUUCAACCAGCCCCACAUCAUCAAGUACCAGCUCCCUGGUGAAGACCUCGAUUCUUUGAUUUCGGUGUCGGGCGACGAGGAUUUGACAAACAUGAUGGAUGAGUUUGCCAUGAUUGAAAGUGAAGGAGGUUCUCAGAAGCUCCGUGUUUUUCUGUUUUCCUCGCUCGAUUUUGACGAUAACCUGGGUAGCAUGGAUGGUGAUUCUGAGCUCCAUUAUGUUGUUGCUGUCAAUGGAAUAGAUGUAGGAUCAGGGAAGCCUUCAAGCGGCCAUGGUUUAGCAAGCACAUCCGUGAGUAUGAUGGAUCAGUUCAUUAAUCUCAAUAACGAUAAUGAUCAGUCAAACCCAAACCAAGGCAUGUCAGAUUUUCAUGGUAUGCGUGGGCCAACUUUGGUGCCUGCUGCUACUGUACCAACACCAACACCUCCAAGCUUAUCCAGUGAUUACACUGCAAAUUUGCAAUCUUACCAAGGGCAGGAAAUGCUGUACGCUCAGAGCUCUAGAGACAAUUUCUAUGACACUGAGAGACGCAUCUCUAUGCCUCUAUCUGCGCCCUCAGAUUAUGGAGUGCCCUCUCAGUAUGCGCCACAUUCUGGGCCUGCAUCUCUGGCAACUCCUGACCAGCGGUCUUAUCAGGAUGGCUUCAUGAUGCAAGGUUCUAUAAAUGAUGCAAAGCAGGCUUCCAAGAACACGCUGCAUCAGAAAAGUGAAGUGGACUACUUCCAAACCCUUGAGAAUUUGAGUGCUCCUGUGCUGCACAAUGAUCUGUCUGUUUCAAAUAGUAUGCAUUUGGAAGUGCCCUCUGCUUCUUCGGCUCAAGAAGGCCGGACAUCUUUUCUUCAACCAAGUGACAGUGGAAAGAGCCUAGAGCCUAGAGAGUUAAAUGAAGAUGACCGCCAGUCCUCUGGUGGAGCUUUUGCAUCUGGAUGUUCUGAAUUUGAGUCUGACAUGACCGAUCAUGGGUUCACGGAUCCCCAACCUGGUUCUGGGCGAACCUUCCAUUCUGAACGAAUCCCUCGGGAGCAAAUGGAAUCCAUGAAUCGGUUGUCAAAAUCUGAUGAUUCAGGUGCUCAGUUUCUAAUACCUCAGUCUCAGUCUGGUGUGGCUAGAGAAUCCAUUGCAGAGGCUGCUGAUUCUGUUGAAGGAGCUGAAAAUUCAAAUUCAGGGGCCCCAUCACUGAACCUGAAUGAACCAUCUAGCGAUGAUUCCCUAGCACAGUUUGAGAGAAACUUUGCCAAAGCUGUACCACGGCCGAGUCAAUUUGGUAUAAUCAUACCUUCAGAAGAAUCAGAUGCUAAAAUGAUGUCUGAAAAUCCUGUGGUUGAACAGCAACAGGCCAGUGAAAAGAAGGCAGUGGAUGUCCCUAACAUCAUGAAUUCAGUUGAAAAGACUCCAGCUAAAGGUAAUUUGAAAGCCACUACCACCAAUAGAAUGCAAAGUACUAAGAAGCAGCUGGGAAGUGAUGCUGCCAUGGCACGUCGUGUUAGUUGGGAGGCUCCCAAGCCCGCGCCCCCCAAUGAUGUUAAGCAUGAUCCAGCUGUGCCAUCGUCCACCAGCACUGCUGGAGCUGUUGCAGAUAGUGCAUCUGCAGCUGCUAACUCGGAGAACAGAGAUUUUUUUGUUGAUAUCAAUGACCGCUUCCCCCCUGAUAUUCUUUCCGAUUUCUUUGCAAAGGCGAAAGAUGCAGCACAGUCAUCAACUCCUUUUAAUGAUCCUAUUCUUAGCUUGAACAUGCCAAACUAUGAGCCUAAGAACUGGUCAUUCUUCAGAAAUCUUGCAAAGGAUGAGUUCCCAAGCAAGAGUAAUGACCAACAAGGCCUGGCAAAGAUUGACGAAGGGAUGUAUGCAUUCGCAGGAGCAGAUAAUGAUGCAAUCAGCAUGAAGGGUUUGAAUCCUACCUACAAUUUUGAUGCUGAGAAGAAGGCAGAGCCUUCCAUCAUAGUUGCUGACGUUAGCAGCAUGCCUCCAGCUUAUGCCACAUCACAUAUUGACCAUCUCCCAAAGAUGGAGAGGAGUGUUGAAGCAUUUCAAGUUGACAAUCCAUAUCAACCUGUGGCAGACAAUACGAAUCUGCCUGCUCCAGAUUUCGAGGAACCAAAGUUCGAAGAGGACAGAACUGCUGCGCAAGUCAUGGAUGCUUCUCUUCGAGAUUCUGAUUUUGAACACUUGCAGAUUAUCAAGAAUGAAGAUCUUGAGGAGCUUAGGGAACUUGGUUCUGGUACUUUUGGAACUGUUUACCAUGGGAAAUGGAGAGGAACUGAUGUGGCUAUCAAGCGCAUCAAGAAAAGCUGUUUUACAGGACGAUCAUCUGAGCAAGAAAGGCUGGCACAAGAAUUCUGGCGAGAAGCUGAGAUUCUGUCAAAGCUUCAUCACCCAAACGUCGUAGCGUUCUAUGGUGUGGUGAAGGACGGGCCGGGCGGUACCCUGGCGACUCUGACUGAGUUCAUGGUUAAUGGUUCUCUUCGGCAUGUCUUGCAGCGGAAGGACAAGUGUCCUGAUCUCCGCAAGCGGCUGAUCAUAGCGAUGGAUGCGGCGUUCGGGAUGGAGUAUCUGCACUCGAAGAACAUUGUGCAUUUCGACCUGAAGUGCGAUAACCUGCUGGUCAACCUCAGGGACCACGCACGCCCUAUCUGCAAAGUGGGUGAUUUUGGGCUGUCCAAAAUCAAGAGGAACACCCUGGUUUCGGGCGGCGUGAGGGGGACACUCCCCUGGAUGGCCCCGGAAUUACUCAACGGGAGUAGCAGCAAGGUGUCUGAGAAGGUGGAUGUGUUCUCGUUCGGUAUCGUCUUGUGGGAGAUCCUGACCGGGGAGGAGCCCUACGCCAACAUGCACUAUGGCGCAAUAAUAGGUGGCAUCGUGAACAACACGCUGCGGCCGCCGGUGCCGGCCAACUGUGGGCCGGAGUGGAGGAGGCUGAUGGAGCAGUGCUGGUCGCCGGACCCGUCGCAGCGGCCGGCCUUCACGGAGAUUGCGGCGCGGCUGCGGUCCAUGUCGGCCGCGGCCAACCAGCAGGCCAAGGCAGCUGCGGCGGCCAAGUAGAAGUACAAAUCGCCGGCUGGGGCUGGGUUCUGGUUGUGCUGAUUGGUGGGAGGAACGUAUACUACUUGCUACUUGCGGUUGUGGCUGUGGUGGAGUCUGUGGUGUAUGUAUUGUCUGUCUGUCUGUCUGUUAUAGAGUUGUGAGUGUAAAAAUAUUGGUGAGAUGAAUGAAAUGAAUGAAUGGUGUCCUCGGUCGGGUGUAAAAAUAUACACACGCUAUGUACUAUUAUUAUAAACAAAUAUUAUAUAUUAUUAUCCUAUA